ACCUCUGCUCUUCACCCCCCUCCUCCUUUAUUUUCUCCUCAUCGUUCAGAGAUGAUAUGAAUUCCCUUGAAACUUCAAAAAUUGAAAGAAAAAUGGUGUCAAACUAAGAGUGAAAGAGAGAUGGAGUGAAAGGUCUAGGCACCUCCAUUUCUCCACCCAUUUCCUUUUCCUCACCUUUUUGUUCCGGCUGCAUUUCUAGCCUUUUGCCCUCCUCCCAGUUCCCGAGAGAGAGAGAGAGAGAGAGAGAGAGAGAGAGAGGAAGAGCCUCUUCCUGUCUGUGUCUGCCUGUGCUUUGUUUUCAUCCUCUGUCCUGAAGAAAGGUCAUUUUUCAGCAUUCAAGAGUGGUCAAUGGUGGCCUUUGCUCCAAAUGGAGCCCAAAGAAAGCCCCGGAAAGGAAAGCUUGGGACCCAAGAAGAAGAAUCUGACCUUCUUGAGACACAAGCUGUACAUGCUGGAGAGGAGGAAGACGGACACGGUUUUGGAGAACGGUGCUUCCACGGACCUCAGUAACUCUGGCACCUUGAGGAGGAGCCAGUCGGACAGAACUGAAUACAACCAGAAAUUACAAGAGAAGAUGACACCUCAAAAUGGACCCUCUGCCCCUGCAACUCUGACCCAUGAAGAGCAGGAGCAGCAGAUAAGGAAGAUGAUGGCAAAGAGGUCAAAAAUCAUCAAGGAGCUGAUCCAGACAGAAAAGGACUACCUCAAUGACUUGGAGCUCUGCAUUAGGGAAGUGGUUCAGCCUCUGAGAAGCAAACAGAUUGAUAGGUUUGACGUGGAUGGCUUGUUUAGCAACAUUGAAUCGGUGCGUCAGGUAUCAGCCAAGCUGCUGUCAAUGUUGGAAAACGCUACGACAGACGUGGAACCAGCCAUGCAAGUAAUAGGGGAAGUCUUCUUGCAGAUUAGAGGACAGCUGGAAGACAUCUAUAAAACCUACUGUUAUCAACACGAUGAAGCACACACAGUGCUAGAGUCCUAUGAAAAGGAGGAAGAACUGAAGCAACACUUGAGAUACUGUGUACAAUCCUUAAAGAAAAUAUACAUGGAAGAAGGCAAACCAAACCUAUUGGACAUGGGAUCUCUGAUGAUCAAACCAAUUCAAAGGGUGAUGAAAUACCCCUUACUUCUGUGUGAGCUCCGAAAUUCUACUCCUCCCUCUCACCCAGACUACAGAGCACUGGAAGAAGCCUUUGCCGCCGUGAAAGACAUCAACGUGAACAUUAAUGAACUUAAGAGGAGGAAGGACUUGGUUCUGAAAUACAAGAAGAAUGAUGAAGAUGAAUCCCUCAAAGAGAAGUUUUCCAAACUGAACAUUCACUCAAUUAGCAAGAAAUCCAAACGGGUGACUAAUCAUCUGAAGAUUUUAACCAGAGGAGAGUCCCAGGUGAAAGACUGCACCUUCAACAGGGAGGAAAAGUUAUUUAGGCAUUUAGAAAAGACAGUGCGGGGUUGCGUGAAGAAUAUUUCCUUCUGUCUUCAACACAUGAAGGAUGCUGUAUCUCUCGCUGCACAGAACGUGUCAGAGCUACGGGAUAUUGCCCACGACCGAGACGACCAGGGCUACUUGGACCUCUUGAGUAAUGUCCCAAAUCCCUGGGAAGACUUUGUGGACCGAUUUCACAGGCAGGUGGUGACCCCGCUGUCCGCGCUGCAGGCCUUGUUCGCGGGGCCCCAGAAGCUCAUCCAGAAGCGCUACGACAAGCUGCUCGACUACAACAGCUACCGGCAGAGGUCGGCCGGGGCCGAGUCGGACCCGGCCAAGCGGGACUACGAGGCCCUCAACGCUCAGCUGGUGGAGGAGCUUCAGGUGUUCAACCGGGCCUCUCGGCAGAUCCUGAUCAACCGCCUGGCCUGCUUCAUCACUCUGCUCAGGGACCUGACGCUUCUCCUGCUACGGCCCUAUCCCGCCCCCGGCCUCCUCCCAGGACAGUUGAUCUCCGGCAUCUGUGAUGCUCAGCAUCGGGUGAUGGAAGAGAUUCACGAGCUGAGUUUUGUCAAAGACAAUAGCGCCACCUUCAUCGAGAGGAAGCUGAGUUUUGAAAAGAAGAAACCUGGGCCCUCCUUGCCUGAAAUUCCACGCCAGACGGACAGCCACCGCGGCCAGCUGCUGACCAGCUACAGUCCCGAGGGGCUGUUCCAGGCCAAGCGUAAGUGCAACGCCUCCCAGGACCUCGACAUCGACCUCCUGGAAGGGGACCUGGUGGCUGUGGUGGAGAAGAAGGAUCCCUUGGGAAGUACCUGCCGGUGGCUGGUGGAUACAGGAAUCACGAGAGGCUACGUGUACUCCUCCUUUCUGAAGCCCUACAAUCCAACCAAGGUGCCGCAGGCGCAGGCCGAGAGCCGCUUCUCAGAUGACGACUUCGACGACCUCAGCCUCUUCGUGUCUUCGCGGCCGGCCGGGGACAGCGCCGCCCGGACCCCGGAAGGCAGCGCGAGCGAGAACGGCUCGUCCCUGAGCGGCCUCUCCGGAAAGUCGGGGACCGACGGGACGGACGCGGAGGGCGAGCAGGGAGCGGAUGACCAGAUUUUCUACGCCGUCCAUGCGUUCCAAGCCCGGAGUGACCAGGAACUCAGCUUGCAGGAGUACCAACGAGUUCACAUCCUGAGUUUUUGCGACUUGAGCGGUAAUAAGGAGUGGUGGUUGGCAGAAGCUCAAGGACGGACAGGAUAUGUGCCGGCUAACUACCUGGGGAAGAUGACAUACGCUUAAACCGGACAGGCGCCUGGGGGCCCGGGAUUUGUGAAGAAGUGCCUUAUGCUUGCGAUAAUUAUUUUUCCACCAAGGAAGAUGAUUCCUCUCCCCCGCAGCUUACGGGUAAGACACGUGCCAGGGAGAUGGAACCGCCAAGUCCCCGCUCCCGAGCUGCGGAGACUGUUGUCUUGCCAGGUGUCGGGGAGUAACACGCUUCCCGGCGCGAUUAUUUAAUGAAUGCCUUUCAGGGUGCGCUGCGCUGGAGACUGAGUCAAAAAUCAGUGCAAAAAAAGGAACCUCCCAACCAACCAACUUCAUUAAUGAAACGUAAGGUUUAAGUUUGAAUCCCUUUGGAAUAGCCACCUGUAGAAAACAAAGACAGUAAAAUAUAGUUGCCAGGAGCACUGUAUUUUACACAAGGAUGGAUGUAUCCUUACGCUGACUGAGCGCCGUAUUUUUCAAUACCAGCCUCUACUUGCUUCCAUUUUUACAUUUCUCAACCCCUGAAGUUUUAGGGCCCAGAUUUAUUCCCUGAUGAGAUUAGAGGGGGAUUUUUUUUUCGUGGACGUUGAGGCCCGUGAGAGGGGAAUUCAUAAAGACACGAGGAAGGUUUAGGUAGUUUUUUAGAUUAACAAAAGAGUCUAUUACCGAGAUUCAAGGACGUGCUUUUAAAUUUAAAUCAUUUUAAAACACAAAUGACUUUUAAAACUAGAGUUUUGAAUCAAUCCGUCAGUGGUAUUUAUUGAGCGCUUACUGUGUGCAGAGAACUGUAAUAGACGCCUGAGAGAGAAGAAUACAGCAGAGUUGGUCGAUCCGUAAAAUAGGUAGUCCAUUAUGAAGAAUUCUCCCAUUUGAGAUUUGAAAAAUUUGGAUAAGAAAUAGGGAUCAUAUAUGCCCUAUCAUCCACCUGGAAAGAAUCGGUUUCUGGGCUUUCGGUUACGGCAGACCUUGAAGACCUGUAAAACGGUGGAUCAGCUUGAGGCUUUGGACCGAAUAUUCGAACCGCUCCGUCCUUCCCGGGUAUGAACUGUGGUUACGUGAUCACUCGUUCAAUCAAAUGCGAUGUAUCACUUGCCGUCCGCUCUUGUCCUUUUUAAAAAACACAGAUGAGAAAGAACGUCGCUAAUAGGUUAUGAGGGGGUCAAAUCUGGAAUACCUCUUGUCAGAAAAUCAUUCCGUUGAAUGUUUCCUGAGGAUUGUAAUGUACCGGUGUUCCUUAUGUAGAUGCAGCGUGUUAAAGGCUUAAGGGAAAUAGCCCAAACAACAAAAAACAUAAAUGAGGUUUCGGACAAAUAACAGUGCUGAGUCACCGUGUGUGGCCCGGACAGUCUUGGAAUUCUAACAUUUGGACUUGAAUUCUCGUCUCAUUCUGUGUGCACGAGAUCAACGUAUCAAUUUUGAAAUGAGGCUCUUGCAGAAGGCGGGUUCGUGGAGAAAGAGUCUAGUCUCCUUUACCCCUUCCAUGGUUUGUCACGUUGAAUCUGUGUUCCUAUUAGCCAUAAUCCUAGAACUGCAGGAUAUCUGCCAUCUGAGGCUUCCCUGCUGGCUGGAAUACAUAUUUAACAGUCCACGUUCGGUCCGCAGACAUUGCACGGGGGGCAAACAUGACAGUAGGCGGAAAAAUGACGAUAAAGCCGGAUGAACCUAUCCUACCUGUUCUCGGGGCUCUGACGGAACGAGACUUGUUUUCGAGCUAACAGAAAGGGCUGGAUAACUGGACUUUUUUAUCGCAAUUCAGAACUGACACUUGAAAACACCACACUGGGGUUCCUGCUCAUAAGGCAGGAGGAGAUUGGUGAGAUUGGUGCUGACUCCCCUGCGCUGGCAUUACCUUCUUCCUCUCACUCCACGCCACCCUGGGCCCGGGGAACGGUCAGGCCAGCAAAAGAGUCAGAGAGAGGGCGGGGCUGGGUGAGGGAGGAAGCUUGAAAUGGCAGACACUAGUUCUUGCCGAGGGUCCUGGGUCAGGCUUAAAAGUUGGGGCGAGGUCACGGGCCCCCCUCACGAUCAGCCGCCAUUCACAUUAGUCUUUCGCCCCAUACAAAUUGGAACAAAUCUACUAUUUUCUGCCAAAGAUCUCUUUCAAAAAACCAUGCUUACCUAUGAAAGAAUAGUCCAUUUUCUGCUAAACGCUGUGGUUUUAAGGUUAAUGGAGAGAGAGCCACCCUAUUGGUUGAAGUCACUCCCGUGGUCUCUUCCUGAUUUAGGACGAAGCCACUUAACUACCGGUUUCCUCCUCUCGUAACGGCAAGACGGGGUUUGAUUAAAAAAAACAGAUUCACGUUAUUAAUAUAUUUCCUCUGCCAGUUAACAGAAUCUUCAUUUUUAUAUGGAACGCUCAAUUUUCCCCUUACAAGCCUUUUCAAAAAACAAGAUGAAUCGAUCCUUCAUUCGGUUAAUGUCGGACAUCUUCUGCUUGGCUCCGAAGAGGGAAAUUAUUCCUGGUAUUUGGAAGUAGACAAACCUUAUGGUAAAAGAAUGAAGGCUAAGUUUUGUUCCGUACUUGACCGACAUGGUUGUGGAAACAGUUUGGCUUUCUAAUGCCAGUUGAUCCCUUUUCUUUGCGCUUUAAUGGCUCCCCUUUCCGCAGACUGCAGCGUCCAGCCGAGAUCCUCUGAACUGGGUGUACUUGCCAAGAAUGAGGCAAUUCAUGGACUUGCUAGUUUUUUUUUUUUUUUUUACAGCCAAUAAAUAAAACCUGCGUCUGCUCGAAACUUGAUUUAGUGUUUAUACUUCGUAACCAUAAUGGUCGUGAGACCAUCGUGAGGAAUUCUGCGUUUGCGAAAAAGAUAUUGAGGAUAAAACAAAUGACGGUUACGGGACAAGUGUUUUAAAGGCAGAUUUUUUUUUCCAGUGAUGCAAAAUGAUUAUUCAUCUCCUUUGAUUUGGAGAGAAAAAUCAAAAUGGUUUAA